AAAUGUCAGUUAGCUGUCACUGUCAGUUGCUACUUGGUCCUUGUUCUUUUUUAUUCGUUUUACACGAUCGUUCUGUCUGCCGAUGCGGUUGUUUGCGCAUUUUCUUGGAUGUAGAUUAGCGUCAUACAUUGGACGAAUUUAGCACCUUAUUGAUUAAAUCUUCCUUGUGAUAAAAACGUGGUGAACUUACGAAGUGUUUUAUGCGGACAUCAUUUAGCAUUAAUCUUGUGGACUCUAUUUAAUUAAUUAAUAAUAAGUUUUCAUAGCUAGAUAAUCGCCGUUAACUACUUCUUAAAUAUAUUAAUUAAGUGUUAAAUAUCCGGAAUUGAAAAUGAGUCAAGACAAAUCUAAUGGACAUAAUAUCGAACCAGAGCUACCUGCUGGUGUUCAAGUUGAAGAAAUAGAAAUCCCAGUACCAUGGGGUCACGUCGCUGGACGAUGGUGGGGCCCUAGGAACAAGCAGCCACUGAUCGCUAUCCACGGCUGGCAAGACAACGCAGGGACCUGGGAUAAUCUUAUCCCACUACUGCCAACGUCAACCUCCGUCCUGUGUCUUGAUCUCCCCGGACACGGCCUCUCCUCACACUAUCCGACCGGAAUGCUCUACUACAUAUUCUGGGAUGGGGUAGCGUUACUAAGAAGGAUAGUUAAACACUUUAAAUGGAGUAAAAUCAGUCUAAUGGGACAUUCUCUAGGUGGCGCAUUAAGUUUCAUGUACGCGGCCUCAUUCCCGGAUGAUGUGGAUAGCAUUAUUUGUAUAGAUAUUGCCAGUCCUGCUGUAAGAGUGCCAGAAAACAUGGUUAAAGCGACUGGCUGGUCUGUUGAUAAGAUUCUAGAAUAUGAGACGUUAUCUGAAAAUAAGAUACCUUGCUACGAUUAUGAAGAGAUGAUCGAUAUAGUAGUUGAUGCAUACAAAGGGUCAGUGUCAAGGGAGAAUUGCAAAGUUCUGAUGAAGAGGGGCAUGGCUCCGACGCCGGCACAUUUGAAAAAGAAUGGAUACCAUUUUAAAAGGGAUCCGAGACUCAAAGUGUCUGUUCUAGCAAUGAUGUCUUUAGAAACAGCAUUAGCUUAUGCUGCUAAAGUAAAAUGCAGAGUACUUAAUAUCAGGGCGAUUCCUGGACAGAAUUGGGAGAGAUUGGAUUAUUACAUGGCGGUUGUUGACAAACUUAAAGAGACAACUGACGUAACUUAUAUAGAAGUGGAAGGUACACAUCAUGUACAAUUAAAUUCACCAGAAAAUAUAGUUAAUAUAAUUGAAGAUUUCUUAGAAAUGUACUAACUGUACGCUUAGGCUUGUUACAAUGUUGUGAUAAAUUGUGAUGAUGGAAUUAGUUAGCAAAUUAGCACGAUGAGUCGAUAUGUAACGACUAUAAAUGUAGUUUUAAGUGUAAUUUUAUUUAUUCCUAUUUAGUUAAUAGAUAACGCAACAGCUACAAAUAAUUUAUUCACAAAUUUCUGCUUCCACAAAAUUAGUCUUAAACUAAAAAUAGAUUUAAGAACGAAAUAGAUACGAGGUAAUAGUAGUAUUGCAAACUUCAGCAUGAAA